AUGGCCUUUGCAGGUUCCCUGACUGACCUCCAAGCAGAGGCCAGCUGUCCUAUCUGCUUUGAUUACCUGAAUGACCCAGUGACAACUAACUGUGGCCACAACUUCUGUCAUUCCUGCAUCAACCAGUGCUGGGCUGAACUGCAGGGUGCCUUCCCUUGUCCUGUCUGCCUCCAACAGUGUCCCAAUAGGUUCUUUAAAAGGAACACACAAUUAUGUAGCAUGCUUGAUAUUGUUAAGCAACUUCCUACAACAAGGAGCAAGAAGAAAACGCAGGAAAAGAAAUCCCUGUGUGAGAAGCACCACCAAGUGCUGGACAUGUUCUGUGACAAGGAUCUGGAGCUGCUGUGUCCCCAGUGCAGGAUAUCUUGCAACCACCAGGAACACCACCUCCUGCCCAUUGAGCAAGCUGCAGCUAGUCAUAGGAGGAAGCUCAAAAGCUACACUGAGUCAUUGAUGAAGCAGUUUGGGGAUGCUGAAAAUGGGUUUGAUCUGGCUGUCUCAAAACAAAUGGAAUUGAAGCAUAAGGUAGAAAAUCAGAGGCGUAAAUUAUACUCAGAAUUUGAACAAUGUAUUAAUUACUUGGGAAAGGAACAGGAAGCCAAUUACGUUAAGCUAUUCAAUGAAGAAGAGGAUAUUAUAAAACAACUUGCUGAAAACAAAAUCCAAAUUUCAGAUCAUACUUCCACACUAACAAAUCUGUUAACUGAAAUAACAGAAAAGUGUAUGCAGCCAGAUCUGGAUUUACUGACAGGAAUUAGAAGUAUCCACAAUAGGUAUGAACACCGAAAACACCCAGGUGUGUUUGCCUAUGAAUUGAAGAGGGAAUGUUGCAGUCUACCUCCACAGUAUUUUGGCCUGCAAAAUAUGAUCAGCACAUUUCAGGUAAAUUUGACCCUAGAUCCUGAAAGUGCCCAUGAGGAUCUUACUAUCACAGAAAACAGAAAAACUGUGAUGUAUACAAUGAGGAACCCAAGCUCUCAUCAUCACCCCAAGGAAUAUAUUCUUCACCUAUCUGUCAUGAGCACUGAAGGCUUUAAGAGCGGCAGGCAUUUUUGGCAGGUACAAGCAACAGGGACAGGUGAGUGGGCUGUAGGUGUUUGUGAAGAAUAUUUCCCCAUAAAUGCAAUGACAUCACCACCCUCAAACAAUGAUUGCUGUCAAACUCAGCUCUGGUUCAGUGAAUUUAGUACCUGGGAAUCAGUAAACUGCAGAUGGAUUGGUGUUUUUCUGGACUAUGAACUGGGAGAGCUUUCAUUUUACAAUUUGAAUAAUAGAUCACAUUUGCAUACAUUCACUGUAACAUCUAAAGAAAAGCUUAUACCUUAUUUCUGUAUUGGACCAUCUUGCAAUUCUCUUGCAAUUAGUAUUGUCAUAGAUGAAUGA